CGGAGUGCACUGCGACGGCGGGGCGCCGUUCUCGCCAGCAUCGACAGACCCAGCAGCCGAUAGAUGAGAGAGAACGCCCCCGAGGAGCCAAUCCCUCUGCGGAGGAGGCGCGCUCUCCGGUGGCACAGUUUCGCGGCAGCCUGUGGGAGUGUCCGCGACGAGCGGCUUCUUCCCCGCCCUCAGCCUUGGCUCCUGGGUUCUGGUUCCCCGGUCCCCAGAGAGGUGAGUCGGCUGCAGGUGGGCGUGUGGAGCGGGGCUGUCGGCGGUGCUGCCGUCGCAGGCGCCACCCCCGGCUCGCACCCGGCCACGUAGUUGAGCCGCGCGCCAGAGUGCUGCAGCUUCGCCAAGCCCCGGGCCAGCUGGGGCGCGGAGUCGGAGCCGGGCGCCCUCGGAGGCCGGAGCGGCUGGGCCUCGGAGCCUCGGGGGUGAGCAGCCGCCGCGUCUCCGUGUACCUUGCUCGCUAGCAGGAGGUUUCCGCUAACUGACAACCCCCAGCGUGCGCCGUGGCCUGCCUGGGCUCGCCCUGUAGCGCCCGGCGAGAUGCUGGAAGUCGGCCUGUGGAGGAUGCGGGGGAGCUGGUGCAGGCUACCUGGAUGACAGCCUGAACUUUUCCCAGGGAUUCCUGCCAGCCCAUUAGGUCACGUUGCGCAUUUUCCUCUGAGACCUCUUGUGCUUGCCGCUGAAAUAAAAGCGGUAUUUCCCCCAGUUUCCUUUUAGGACAUUAUGACUUUUCUCCUUUGCAAGACAGUUCAAGAAACUGGCAGAAAAACAAACUCUUCCCACUCUCAGGGACUGUGUUGUCUUCAGGAGUUUGGGGUCAAGUUCAGCGAAUGAGGAGGCUCUGUUUGCAUCCUUUCCUUUCCAGUAUCCUCAGAGGAGCUUCGUUUCUAGCAUCUUUCUAGCAUUCAGGGCCAUGAUCCCGAAGGCUUGAGCUGUUUACAAGGAGAGAGAAGCUGUCUCCUGAGCCCCAAAAUGGCGGCUAAGAUGGAGAUAACUUUGAGCUCGCAGUCCCACAUUCAGGCUUCCUCCAAGCAAGAGAGACAUAUAAUAGCAAAACUAGAAGAAAAACGGGAGCCCGCUCUGCAAAAAGACUGGCCCGAUCCUGAGCUCUCCCGCCAGAGUUUUAGACGGUUUUGUUAUCAAGAGGUGUCUGGACCCCAAGAGGCGCUCUCCCGUCUCCGGCAGCUCUGCCGUCAGUGGCUGCAGCCUGAGGUGCACACCAAGGAGCAGAUUUUGGAGCUGCUGGUGCUGGAGCAGUUUCUGAACAUCCUGCCUCCGGAGAUCCAGGCUCGGGCCAGGCAUCAAUGUCCAAUGAGCAGCAAGGAGAUUGUGACCCUGGUGGAAGAUUUUUACAGAGCAGCCAAGGGACCAAAGCAGUGGGUGGCUGUUUGUAUGGAGGGCCAGAAGGUGCUCUUGGAGAAAACUGGAUCCCAGCUUGGAGAACAGGAACUGCCAGACUUUCAACUGCAAACUCCUAGCAGAUAUCCCAGGGAGAGCUCUCUGGAGGAGACGUCCCAGGCAGGAUCUCAGGAUCAGCGGAGCCCCCGUCAUUGGGAAAAAUCCCUGCUCCUCCAGGACCCAACCCCCAAAUUGGCUGAGACAGAGGCCUCCAGAAUGAAAAGUGACAACAAGGAAAAUCCACAGCAGGAGGGGGCUAAAGGAGCAAAGCCAGGCACCUUGUCAGUGGGCAGGCCCAAAGGGAAUGGUCUGCAGAGCCCCGAACCCAGAGGGGCGACUGUGAGUGAGCCCCGGUUGUCACGGAGGCAGGUCAGCCCCCCACGCGCUCAAAAGCCAUUUGCUCACUACCAGAGACAUUGCAGGGAACUGGAAUACAUCAGCGGCCCCCUGAAGAGCCACCCACUGAGAGAGCUGAAGAAAAGCAAGGGAAGCAAAAGAAACCUGAGCAGCCGUUUGCAACGUCUUGGUCACCAGCCGACCCGCUCAGCGAAGAAACCAUACAAAUGUGAUGACUGUGGGAAAAGCUUCACGUGGAAUUCAGAGCUGAAAAGACACAAGCGAGUCCACACAGGGGAGAGGCCCUACACGUGUGGAGAGUGUGGGAACUGCUUCGGGCGGCAGUCCACCCUGAAGCUGCACCAGAGGAUCCACACCGGAGAGAAGCCCUACCAGUGCGGCCAGUGUGGGAAAAGCUUUCGCCAGAGCUCAAACCUUCACCAGCAUCACAGACUCCACCAUGGGGACUGAAAGCAGGGCUGGGUCCUCUCUGUUCGGAAGAAGGUACUUGCAUUUCUCCUUCCCCUCGCUUGCAUGUAAAUCACAAAGACCAUCUGCGUGACUUACAAGGGAGAAAACGAGAUCCCUGAGGAGUGAUGGUGCCCGUCGGGCUGGUGAGGCGUCGGUCGGGAAGAGGCUGACAGGGGACUUGAUCGUGCAUGGGGUCGUGUACGAUGAUGGGGGAAGAGAUGGAAGGUCUAGGCAUUGGGUCAGAGAGCACCGGGGUGUCUGCUGGAGAGCGGGGAGUCACUACUGAGGGAGAAUCAGGAUGAUCCUGCAGACGUGCCCCACACCUUGAUGUUAAAUCUCCUCCUGCUGCUUUAUUUAUCCUCUAAAUCUGUUCAAGGAUAAAUCCUAUAUAUAGUUAUACAUUUGCUGUCACACCAGACAAUCUUUAUCAUUGCACACACUCCUUUAAUAAAGAUGAGUGAUCUGCAAGAAUUUCAAGGCAGAAGUUCAUUGGAAUGUAAAUCCCCUAAUAUUUUUCCUGUCAUUCCUGGCUGUUCAUAACAAAGGAAGCAUGAAGUGGGAGUAUGGACACGUUUGUGUGAGGCAGGGGUCUCCAAGUAUUAGUGCUUUUACCAAAUAAAUACACAUACACACACACUAAAGGUUCUUUUUAUAUCAAAGCACCUUUGAUUUGGUAAAAGAAAAAUCACAGCUGCUGCAACCCCCCACCCAUAGUGAUAAGGAAAAGCUACAAGAAGCAAGACUGCUAAGACAACAAAGGGAAUCCUUCCUACUUUCCUUUCUCACUUAGGCCAGUAGCUUUAAGAAUAACAAAAUGCUUGGGGUGAUGAAAAUAUACUAAAACUGAAUUAUUUCAGAGCAAGUACCCCAAAUCAUUGAAACAUUCAUUAAUUUUAUGAUAUGUAAGUUAUACCUCAAAGAAGUUUCUAAAAAUGACAAAAUGUAUUUAUGUAAAAUGUUAAAGUCCUAGAACUAGGCCUGAGAGAUCAUCUAAUCCCACCCCUCAUUCUCUCAAAAUGGAAAUUAUAACCCAAUCAGUAUACAAUUCUUAGUCACACUGGGCAAGCCAGUGGAUCUCCUAGUUUAGAGAAGACUUUUGGUAGGUGGGUGCAGUAUGUCAAGCAGGAAACAGGUGCAGGUAGCGUUCUUCCUAAAGCAUCAGUAUCCUCAGGUCACUGCUGGCCACCUCAGGGCUGUGGUUGUGCUAUUGUGUGUCCCCCCACCAAGGAUCUCAGGUUCCUCUGACCACAGAGGGACAGGUGCUCACAUGGGCAGCCCUGUCCCCCAGGUCUUUGCACACACUGUUCCCUUUGCCCUUAGGACCCGCCGCCCCCACUCCCUCUCGCAUCUCACAAGAGUUGCCAGCUCUGCAAAGCCUCCUCUGACAAGUUCUAGGCAGAGGUAGACUUCACCAGUGGCGCUCAACCUGGUAGCAGUUUCGCCCCCUAGAGGAUAUUUGGGAACAUCUGAAAACACCGUUGGUUGUUAUGACUUGGGGGAAGGGAGCAUAGCUCCUGGCCUCUGGUAGGUACAGACCAAGGAUGUAGCUAAACAUCCUGCAGUGCACAGGACGGCCCCAAAACAGUUAUCUGUUCCAAAUGUCAGUAGUACCAAGGUUGGGGAACUGUGCUAUAUAUGUUAAAAGCUCUUUAAGGACAGAACCUUGAUUUACCAUCACUUUAGCUUUAGAACUUAGCCCACACCCAGCCAGGAGAAAUAGGUGUUCAGUAAUUGAAGAGUUGAGGGCCCCUGCUUCACCCUGGGGCCCAUUCCUGCCUGAAUCAGAGAUCCUGGUGGCAGUCUUUGAAUGCAGUGGACAAAACCUCUCAUCUUUUGAGCAGAGAGAGACUUAAUGGGAGCCCAGUGGCCUGCUUCCUAGUAUUUGGUGGCCCUUCAGAAUCUAAUCCAAGGUCCCUUUCCCAACAAUUAUGUUAGAUGUUAGAAGAGUUUAUUGUUAGGCCUGCCUGUUAUCUCACUCCUGUCCCCUGCCUCUCACCGGUCAGAGCCUCCUGAUUCCUUAUUCUGUUACCACCUUUUUUUCUCCAGGCCAGUUUCACUGUUGUUUCUUAGUAACUUCCCUAAUUAUAUUUACGUCUGUAUUAGUUUCCUCUUGGUGCUGUAACAGAUGACCACAAACUUAGUGGCUUAAAACAACACAAAUGUCUUCUCUUAUAGUUCCUGAGGUCAGAAGUCCGAAAUCAGCUUCACUGAGUAGAUCUAGUCAAGGUGUCAGGUGGGCUGGUUCCUUUGGAGGCUCUGAGGGGUGAAUCUGUUCCCUCGCCUUUUUCAGCUUCUAGCGGCUGCUGGCAUUCCUUGGCCUGUGGCCCCUCCCUCCAUCUUCAAAGUGCGCCCCUCCCUCCAUCUUCAAAAUGCAUCCGUCCAGUCUCUGUCAUCACGUCACCUUCUCUUCUGACUCUGAUCCUCCAGCCUCCCUCUUAGGAGGACCUUUAUGAUUAUAUUGGGUCCACCCAGAUAAUCUGAGGUAUCUCCCCAUCUCUAGAUCCUUAACACACCUGCAAAAUCCCUUUUGCCAUAUAAGGGAACAUUCACAGGUUCCAGGGAUUAGGAUGUGGACCUCUUUGGCGGGGACUGUGAUUCAGCCGACCACAUCCAUCUAGUGAAUCAAUUCGGUUAGUCAAAGACGAUCUCUCCUAAAAGCAAAGGAACAUAGAUUUCCACUUUCCUUAGAUUUGGGACAGGAAAUCUCUCUUAAAAUAAGAGCUUUGUUUACUUGGUAUGUUUUGAAGAACCUGUGUAUGUGUGUUUUCUGUCUUCUGAUUAUGAAAUUAAUAAUUGCUAAAUCUUAAUGUCUUUGGGUACCUGUUCAACUGUGGACCUUGAAUAAAUGUGACAAAAUCACCA